AUGGCACCAGUGAGUCAGAGCCCAACUAUGAAGAAUGCAUGUGACUUUCUCAAGGUUGCAAGGAAUACAUUCAAAGACAAUCGUGAAACAUAUAACGAAUUUGUUAAGGUGGUGAGCCACGCAAAAACUAAGAGCAUGUGUCGUACUUGUAUCAAAUCAAGAGUGGAAGAACUCUUUAAAGAUCACCAAGAGCUGAUUAUCGGUUUCAAUAAAUUCAUGCCAAAGUCUAACCAGCAAAUGGUCGAGUGUUGCCAAACUUUACGAAAGAGGCUUGAUGUGGGUUUUGUGGACAAGGUCAAGGCGAGGUUUCAAGAUGAUGAUCGCUCGUACGAAUCAUUUGAGGAGAUGCUGCAAAUGCAUGAGGAGGGCAAGAAAAGCAUUGAUGAAGUAUGCGAUGAGGCGUUUCAUGUCUUCUUCCCAAACGAUCACGACUUGCGUGUGGAGUUUCUCAACUUAUACUUGAAGUCUUGA